UGCUAAUAUGUUGAAAUAGUACAAGUUGGCUGAGUAUGUGGUGUCGGAUGACGAGACGGCUGCAGACAGUGAUGGCUCUGGUGAUGAAGACAACCACCACAGUGACAGUGGUGGUCCUGGUAAUGGCGCUGACUCAGGUGCGGCGCGAACUUAGGCAGUGACAGUCCCUAGAAAAUCCCCACCCCACAGCAACAUGAUGCAGCGCAGGCUCUUGGUACAAGUGCAGACUGAUGCGCAGGACACAGAUUCACAGGAAUUAUCCCAGCCGGACCGGGUAUGCCCCUUCAUAUGGGAUUCAGAGCGGGCAGACGCAGGUGAUAUCAGUAUAUCGCACAGUGGCUGCGGCCGUUCGUCAACUACUAUCGGAAUGACGAAUGCAGCUCGUGCCAGCUGGACGACGAGAGUCAUAAUGCUCGGCCUGAAUCUCGUAUCGGUUCCUUCUCAACAACUCGACUGGUACAAUCAAGAAUGGGGCUUUAUCGCACCCAAGAGUACUACUGGGGUAGGACGACCACUCAUCAUGUCACUGUGGCGGGAAACAGGGGCAAGCAACCCGACAAAUGCCUUUUCCCGAAUUCCCGAACCGGCUAGGCAACAAGUAACCGCGACGCGAACUCACAGUUACCUGCAGCCAGCAGAGCAAGAACACCGGAUGGGACAUGAGCUCAAACGUGGUCGUGUGAAGUAAGACCACCAGCGGAAUUUGGCUCCGCACUCUAGCAGCGCGUCAGCUAUAUGGGCAUUGUCCAUACCAUGCGUCGUCGGCUCGGGAAAAAGAACUAUUCGAGAUGAAGGAUAAGUUGAAUGGGUCGCCGCCCAGCGAAUAUAGUUACGAUUCGCAGCAUAAGAAGGUGGGCCUCGAUUG